AUGUCACCGUCUUACAUUAGCCUACCGAUAGGCGCGAUGCAUCAGUGUGGCGAGGACGAUAACGAGGAGGUUGACUUUGAGGGUUGGUUGCAGGUCGCUUCGCACAACCGCUGUAUGAGCGGUGAGAGUGUCAUGAAGUGCCAUUCCGGUUCUGCGGGCGCGAAGGCGUGUAACAGCUGCGUUGAGACCGUCUGCUGCCGUAAACAUGCGGUGGAUGGCGGGCAUGUCGUCUCGAGGGGUGACCGCUCAUGUACUCCGCGCAACUGCGUGAACAUUGUGAAGCGUCAGGGUGCCAAGGUUUGCCGUUGCAAGGGCUUCGAGGUUUCGCAUGCCGAACAAGAUGACGUUUUUUACGUGAACAACAAGCAACAUGCUCCGAAGAUACUGGUUCAGAAGCCUCAGACCGUGAUCGUUCGGAAUCACUCUCGUCCGCCGAUAGUCGUCCAGCAGCCGCCGCCAAACGUCAUCGUGAAGAACGACCCUCCGCAGCCCGUGUACGUCCAGAACUGCCCUCCGAACGUCGUGGUGAAGAACGAGCGCCCGUCGUCGGUGUUGAAAACUCCGGCGAUGCCUAUGAAGUUUCCCCAGGUGUAUCAGAGCGGUUACCCUCCCAACUACAUGAAGCCAUGCAACUGUGCGAGACACGGCUACCAAUAA